AAGAUGGCGCCCGCAGUACUUCCUGAUUGUGAACAGCUAAUUACGUAAGUUUGCUGACUACAGUGCCCGCAGGGGGUCCAAACUUCAGCAGAGGGAAAUCGCGUUUUCUGGCCCCGGUGGGAAUGUCUUCUCAUGUGUCCCGGGUGAGGUCCCUCUACAGGAAGAUCCUCCUCCUGCACCGCACACUGCCCCUCCACCUGAAGGCUCUGGGCGACCAAUACGUGAAGGAGGAGUUCAGAAGACACAAAGCCGUCGGCCCAGCGGAAGCCAAACUAUUUAUGAAGGAGUGGGAGAGUUACGCUGCAAUGAUGUGGGAACAAGCCAAAUCCUCUCUCCAUACUCCAGACACACAGAAGAUCCCGUUUGGAGCCAGCCUAUCAGAAGAGAAGCUGGAAUUACUUAGCGCAGAGCAGAUUGGACAGUUACAUGAACUCAUGCAGGAGGCCACUAAACCUAAGCAGCAGUUUGAGGUGGCCGAAGAUUCGGGACAGAAGAUAUAAACUGCAAGAAAGAAAGAUUUCCACUCCGGAAAGCAAUUUUUUGUUUAGUAUUAAAGUGAUAUUAAAUUAU